AUUCCACAGGAGUACCUCCGCCGCCAUGAGUGCGAACUCGAGCGAAGUGCUGAAGAACCUCCUGAUUCUUCAGCUUGAGGGCGUCAAGCGGCUUGUAAACGAGUAUCAUCAGCAAACCGAGGCUUAUGUACAGCAAUUCGGCCAUCUCCCGCUGUCCCAGGAGCCCGCAGAGGCCGCGCACGAGGCCCGUAUCACGCUGCGGAGUCUGACUUUAGCGUCGCCUUCACUGGCCGAUGGAUGCGCUGUCUCGAAGAUCAUUCUUGACGCCACAAAGAAGCAUUGCGGGGUGGAUAUGUGUGCCACUUCACCGGUACAUCUCGAAAGCUUUCUAGCAGUCUCUAGAAACGAUGUAAAGACCGCCGAGGACCGUGUGCACGCACUCUUCGUGCUGGACGCGACACUGUCGAAACCUCAACACCAGAAGGAGAUGCAGUCGCGAUUCGAGGGUAAACAGGGCUACGAGUUGCUGGUGGAGUGGCUCGCAAUCAGCUGCAGCUACAACGACGAGACGUCUAUGGCAUUCACGGAGCUUCUGCUGCUCGUGCUCCAGCGCAAUGUGCCAGCCGUGCCGUUCACCACAAAGAUAAUGGUUAAAAGUCUUGCGAAGUACAGGAACGUGAUGAAAGGAAAGAAGAACAAAGCUCUGCUACAGAAAGUCGUCACCCACUACCGAGAAAAGAUCAACUCGUAGUUCCAGUUUAAAAUUCUGACCACAGUAGCUUUCUUCAUUAUUAUUAUUAGGUUGUGAAACCUCAACUUCCACGUUCUUUCGGUCCUAGACUUGUAUCUGUAUCAGCGGCCCGAUAGAUGGAAGGCUAUCUGGACCACCUUGAGACGACAGGACUGCAUAGGAAGGUCUGGGAAAGUCGCUUUUUCAAGCUCAACAAGACCUUCCACGUGCUCGAAUACUUUACGGACGAGACUCAAUAUGAGCGGAAAGGGAAGCUGGAGCUUCGUGGCGCUACUGUGGCUACUGCAGAUGAACUUGGUGGACUCUUAAGUGAAGACAAAACGUUAGUGGAAAUGUCGAGACGAUUCAUCUUCCGAAUUACAGAAAAUGGCAGUAAGAAGCACCAUUUUCUGUGUGUCAACCUCAGUGGAAUUGAAGCUCCGACGUAUAAACUGGCGUCUUCUAGUCGCGAUUACUUGGGCGAAUGGCUUCGUGCUCUCCGAGCAACAAUAGUUACUGCAGUGGAUCCUCCUCUAUCGACAGCCACGAUGGGC